CCAAAUCAUUUAUGGUAUAAGUAAUGAGAAUGACUCUAACAUUCACGUAAUGUGCCAGUGUGACUGUGAUCGUCGAAUUACACUAGGAUAGUCCUGUCAAAAUGCUUCUCCAACUCGCGUGUGUCUUUGCAUUUGUGGCUCUUUACGUUCACGGGCAAGAGCUCUGCACGAGGCCCGAUGGAGGACAUGGAACGUGCAUCAAAUACGUACAAUGCCCAGACAUUAUGGAAAGACUACGAGGCCGGCACAAGGCUGGUCUCAAUCUGGCACAAUACACUUGCGGCUUUGAAGGGCUGCUGCCAAAGGUCUGCUGCGACAGUUGUUAUACACCAGAAGGGAACAAGGGGAAGUGCGUACAUGUGAAGCAGUGUCCACAUUUGAAUAAUUAUAGAUAUAGUAAUAUAUCCAGUGAAAAAUUCUAUGUGAGGAAUUCCAGAUGUUUCACUGGCCGUUUCGACGUGUGCUGCGGCCCUCUCCCGCAGUUCAACACCGAGCCCUGGGACAACUGCCAGAGUCAAAUGACAGCGUUCCCUCCAGAUCCCGCUAGUGGAUGUUGUGGUUAUGACGCCAACAGUGGUGACAAGAUUUUUGGGGGUGAAGACACCGCUAUAGAUGAAUACCCAUGGACAGUACUUCUAGAAUACAACGACGCUAAUAAAAUUAAGACGUAUUGUGGCGGAACCCUGAUCAGUAACAGAUACGUUUUGACGGCGGCCCAUUGUAUCACCGAUGAAACAAAGCUGCCCAUAAACGUCCGCCUAGGCGAGUACGACACCCGGUACGACAUAGAUUGUGUGAACGCCGACUGCGCCCAGCCUCUGCAAGUGAUCCCCAUAGAAAGCAUCCUCGUGCACCCUUCGUACAGCUCCUUCACUAGAAAAAACGACAUUGCUCUUAUAAGAUUAGCCAGACCUGCCAUCUAUAACGAGUUCGUCCGUCCAAUUUGCUUGACGAAUUCCGACGUUUUGCGAAGCGUGAAUGAAGGAGUUAAACUCAUCACUGCAGGAUGGGGCAGGUGGAAUCGGACAAACAAUAGUCCCAUCAAACAAAAAGUUACAUUGCCGCUCGUCAGCAUUGAGGACUGCCAAAAUGCCGUGAACCACACGCUUAACCCGCCUCGUCUCUGGAAGCAUCAGAUUUGCGCCGGUGGAGAACCUGGAAAGGACGCGUGCAAGGGAGACUCAGGGGGCCCGCUGAUGUUGACAUCUGAUGGUCUGCUACACGUGCUGGUCGGGUUAGUGAGCUUCGGGCCCAAGAACUGCGGGAAAGCGGGCGUGCCCGGGGUGUACACAAACAUACACUCAUACACAAGGUGGAUAAGGAGGAAUAUAUACCCGUAAUGUUCUAAUCUAAUUUGACCUGUAUUCUUCGUGAAUAUGUAAUGGAAUGGAGGUAAAUAAAAAAUUAGCA